CACGGAGACACACUGAGCAGAACAGCCACCAUGAACGCUUUUCUCGUCAGCGUUGUUUUGUCCGCAGCAUCGUUAUCACAUGCUACAGAAAGCGCAGCGAAGUUGGACAACAGUCCUGCCGCGGCAAGCUUCCCGUUCACUUCCAACCAGCCAGCGAGUGCAGAUGUAUUCAGCGACUUGUCCGGCGGUAGCGCAUUGAGCGGUGCUUACACUAGCAGUAACUCAUUCAGCGACGGUUCAUAUGGAGAUGGCUCAUUUCCAAGUAAUGGGUGGGCCGCAGGCGGCCAUCCAUCCAUAGGUGGCUGGACGGAUGGCGGUUCGGUGAGCGGUUUCUCGGGCGGUAGCCGGCUUGGCGGCAGUUGGACAGGCGCAGACUUGAUCGGCACGGGUUCCUUCAAUGAUUUGCCGAGCAUCGGACCCUUAGGUGGGAGCCCCGUACCUGUUAGGCCCAGUGCUUCUCCGUUAGGCAAAUUCGGUGGGGCCAGUUCAUGGCUUAGCGGGUCGUCCAUAGCAUCGUCGGGUCGUGGCUCGUCAAGCGCCUUUUCGUCCGGCGGUGCAUCCUUGGAUGGAAUAUCGUCCGGUACUUUCGGUUCCAUCAUAGGUGCCCCGUGGAGUACAUCGCAUGGGAGCUCGACAGGAACUACCUUCAGCGGUAGUAACGUGUCUGGCGAAAAAUCAACGGGUCACUCCGUAAUUCGCCGGAUGGACCAUCGCUUUCGGGGCGAUGCGCCAUACACCGGUGGAUCAUUCCGCGAUACUUUAUCAAUGGACGAACUUCGGGGGAGUACGUUCGGCAGUUUGUCAAGUGGUAAAUCGUGGAGCAGGGUUGGGUUCGGUGAUGGUUCCGUUCUUAGUGGCAAUAGGGUGUUUGGUAGUGGCCCGUCACGAGGCCAAUUCGGCGGAGUUUAUUGGGGCCGGAGCCACCUGGGAGGGACGUCUGGAGCGAACGGAGCCUCGAGUGCACCAGAAUACCUUAGAAUGAAUGGAAUUGGUGGCCGCGGAAUGAGUGUUGGUGUUGACAGCCUGCGAUGGUCGUCCACCAAUGGUGCAAGCAGUGCAGAUACCACAUUAAGUUCUAGACGCUACUUUGGCGGAAGUCUUGGUGGCGCAGACAAAGUCUCAUCGGGAGGACGAGAAUGGCCUAUUAACGCCGUAAUGGGUAGUUCAGGAUAUUUCGAUAGCGCCAGUGGCAGAUACCCUGGGCGGAAUUUUGAUUACACAUACGGCUACCCCGAAAGCCGUUUUGCGCACAAGUUAGGCAACGGCGGAAGUUGGUCUAGUGGGCCUCGAGGUUUCUCCUUUAGGUUAGGUGGCAGUACAUCUUCGAGCCAAUUAGCAGACACGGUCAAGAACUUCAUCAGCGGUCUUGGUCAAAGUCGCAGCGAAUGAUACCGAAAGCGGAGACCUUGCGCGACUGAAGAACUGCAAGAUGACACCCACAAGUGUGUUCAGGGUUGCAAUUUAUACGCGUAUUACUUUGAAGAUGAGCACAUAUUAACAAUAUCUGGAUAGUA